AUGGAUUCGCUCGCGGCUUUAAGCCAUCUACAAUUCCUCGAAUACGAUGGACGGAAGGACCCAAAGGAUUGGCUCCGCGCCUUCAACAAGUACGCUAUUGCAUGCGAUUGGUCGAAUGACAAACGACUGAACAUGGCAUUUGUCUGCCUCAAAGGCGAAGCUGACAAAUGGUUGGAGUCCGAAGAGGACACUGAACUAUGGACUUGGGAGGAAUUCUCCACCAAGCUUACUGAACGAUUCUCGCGCUUGCGCUCCAAAUUGAACAUCAUGCAUGACUUCGAAAAUCGCAAGCAGCGGAAAGACGAGUCUGCUCGAACUUUUCUCGUGGAACUACGGCACCUCGCAUCAAAGCUCCCGGACAAAGUUUCCGACGAUGCCCUCCUUUACCGAUUCAUCAACGGGUUGAACCGACCCCUUCAGCAAAGGGUGCAUCUGCGCAUGCCGCAAACCUUGAAGGAGGCAGAAGAGGCGGCCGAUUACUUCGAGGCAAAUGAAGAGAAGUUUGCUAACAACUACACCGAGUCUGCGCGCCCCUUCAACGGACCACGGCGCUUCGAUCGCCCAAAGCAGGAGGAACAAAAAUCUGGCAUCCCAUCGCCGACACCAUCCCGUCCUGCCCAGGCCGAGACACGUUCUCAGAACCCUCUCCAAGCUGCCGUUGACGACGUGACCAAAAGGUUAGGAGACCUGCGCCUGCUCGCCCAAGGCAGUAACACUUCGGCUGGAUCCGCCGGCACGGUCCGCCGCAACCCUCGAAUCUGCUACAAAUGCGGUAAAGAGGGACACAUCUCACGCGAUUGCCGGGCGGAUACUGCUGCCCUAACCGACACCCUCGACGAAGAAGAGGACUGGGCAGCUCGCUACGCUGCCAAACAGGCACAACUGGAGGCGGAGGAACACGUCAAUGUCACGAGCAUGGAGGCCUUCUCUGGCAACAUGUACGACCCAUACAUGACCGACACGGCAGCGGCAAUGAAGCGAACUCGCGGUCCAGACGACGAAGACGAGGGUCCCCGCACAAAGCGAACCCCGUUCCCGAUGAACCUCCCCAGGCGCACCGACACGCCGAUGCCCACAGCGCAGACUCCGGAAACACCCACUCGCCAGGAGCCACCGAACCCUGCUCCCACUUCGGCUGCCCAGCGCUACCGAGCGGCACAAAACCGUUCCAACAUUCCCCGCACCACUUAUCAAGGAGGACAGCAGUACUCGAUCGUGAACCAACUCGGUGCGACGACUGCUAAAAUCGACUUCCGAACGCUCUUGGACAUCUCACCGAAAGCUCGGAACGAUCUCCUCCGCUAUCUCACUGCUGCCGACUCCGGACAGACCGCCUCUCUCAGCGAGACGAACACGGUGGCUAUGUCCAACUCGCUCCCAACCCGUUACACGGUGGCACGCUGCAAGGUUGACAUUUUCAACCAACCCGUCGAGGCCAUCCUAGACAGUGGCGCCUCGGCCACCUUGAUGGGACAGAUGCUGGCCCGCAAACAUGACCUGUUGGACAUGCUGCAGCCACCCAUAUGCAGCUUCCGCACCUCCAGCGGCGACCGUGACGUACCCCUGGGCAUUCUGCCCAAGUUUCCCAUCCGGGUUGGCGAAUUCGACAUCACGCUGGAUGUACACGUUGUCCGAGCAUCAAACUAUGAUCUCCUGCUCGGCAGCGACUUCUUCCAUCAAGUCGGCGCGACUCUGAACUAUGUGGACCGCUCCAUGCGGUACCGCCUCGACCAGAACCAUUACGCCUCAAUCCCCAUCGCUUUUGACACCUCCACAAGUGUCAUGUAUGCUGAGGCGAGCCCGAUGCUCCCCGAACCUGACAUGGCAGAAGCCGAACCCCCGGCAGACAUCCUACCAAUCCAAGAGGAGGACGAUACCGUCCCACCUCUCAUCAGCGAUGACUCCGAUGACGAAUCGUAUUACGACUCCGAGUCGGACGACGAUGAGGCGCCCCCGCCUUUGGUUGGUGAAGAUUCGGACGACGACUAUUACUCUGAUGAUGAGGACUUUACCCCUCUUCCACAAGCCAACUCCAGCGAACAUACCGAGUGCGACCCCGCAGACGACGAUCUCCUCGACGAGGUCACGGAAGAGUUUGCGGCAACACUCCAAGCCGAUUACGCCACCUACAAAUUGAACCAUCCGCCUGUUCCACCCCCAGACCGCAUUCGAACUUGCGGGGAGUGGAAGGCCUCCAUUACGGCGGUCGUCAACUUUGACGAAAUCAUGGAGAACAUUCGCUCCAUCCGCCGCGGCGUUGACUUGACGGACGCCCAACGUGACAGCCUCUUCAAACUCCUCACGGACUUUGAGGGCUCCUUCCAAUGGAAAGGCCGUAAGUUCGGCUUCACGGACCUCGUCAAGCACCACAUCCGGACUGGCAACGCGCUCCCAGUCAAACAACGCGCUUACCGCCUCUCUCAAAGAGAGAAAAAGGUGAUUGAACAAGCCAUCGCGGAAAUGCUCCCCGACGACAUCAUCGAACCCAGCAAUGGCCCGUGGGCCAGCCCACCCAUUAUAACCGGCAAGAAAGAUGGCGGCGACCGCUUUUGCGUUGAUCUACGCGCUGUGAACAACCUUACGGAGAGGGACAGCUAUCCUCUUCCUCGCAUUGACGACUUGCUCGACACUAUUGGCAAGGCAUCAUGGUUUUCCUCCAUCGACCUCAAAAGUGGCUACUGGCAGAUUGCCUUGGCUGAGGAAGACCGCCCCAAGACAGCAUUCAUCACACCAUGGGGGUUGUACCAAUUCAAGGUCAUGCCCUUUGGGCUCUGCAAUGCGCCCAGUACCUUUCAACGACUCAUGGACGUCGUCCUUCGACCAUACAUCGGCAAAUUCUGCGCCGUCUACCUGGACGACAUUCUCAUCUUCAGCAGCACGUACGAGGAACACCUUGAACACGUCCGCCUUGUCCUCGAGGCCCUCUCCGCUGCCAACCUUCGGAUCCACCCAAAGAAGUCCAGCUUUGCACUUCGCGAGACCCUCUUUCUGGGACACGUGAUUGACGCCGCAGGCUGCCGCCCAGACCCUGAUAAGAUCAAGUGGGUGAAAGAAUUCCGCCCUCCAAGGAACAUUACCUUGCUCCGUGCCUUUCUCGGACUCUGCGGUUACUACCGCCGCUACGUGGCCAACUUCUCUACCAAGGCCGCCCCUCUUACAGCCUUGCUGCGGAAAAACACUCCCUUUGUCUGGGGCCCUGAACAACAGGAGGCUUUUGAGCUGCUCAAAUGGCACCUCACGAACCCUCCCACCCUCGCCCGCCCCGACUUUCUUCGGCCGUUCAUCUUGAAGACCGACUACUCUGGCGUUGGCAUUGGAGCUAUUCUCGCCCAACACGAUGAGGCGUCCGCCGAACACGUCAUUGCCUACGCCAGUAAGGCGCUGACCCCCGCUGAACGCAACUACUCCGUCACCGAAGGCGAAUGCCUGGCGGUUGUCUGGGGCAUCAAGUACUUCCGCCCCUACUUACAUGGUACCCGCUUUACCCUGGUCACCGACCACCACUCGCUACAGUGGCUCAUGAAGAGCCGCGACUUGAACUCCCGGCUCAUGCGCUGGUCGCUCAAGCUGCAGGAAUACACAUUCGACAUUGAAUACCGGCCAGGCCCCCGUCAUGCUGACGUGGACGCACUCAGCCGUAUUCCGCCCAACCCAAACCCUGAUGCCCUCCCUGAACUUUGCGCCUUCAUGGCUGGAGACGAGGGCGUCUCCCCUCUUAGGGUGGAGGAAAGCAACGCAGGGGAGUACGACGACUUGCCCAGCGAGACUCCUGAGACACGCACCGUACCGAGGCACAUCCGGUUCGACUCGUCGGAUUCUGAGGACGAACCCCAAGAAGGAGACGACGAUCCACACAUGGAGCAGACAGAGGGCUCCGGAGACAUGAACAUAACCCGUCCAAGACUCGCAGACAUCAUGGACGAUCACUAUGUGGUCGAUUUCCUACGAGACGGAACGAUCCCCACCGUCCUCUCCUCCAAAGAACGCAGACGUGUUAUGAAGCGAGCGAAGAGCUUUGUAAUGGAGAACGGAACGCUCCGAACUCGCCCAACCACAAAGCACCCUACCGGACGUGUCAUCCCCACCCUUGAGGAGCGCAAAAGGAUCCUAGAGUGGGGACAUAAAGGGACGAACCACAUGGGCGCCGCCAAACUCGAGAAGCUGGUAGCUGAGCAAAACUAUUGGUGGAGCAACCUUCGCGCAGAUUGCGUCCGCACUUGUCAGGACUGCGAGGACUGCCGCAUCGCCACCACAGAAUUCCGAACGCCCCGCACCGAACUUGAACCCGUGAAGGAAGUACAAGACAUUCUGGAAGGAUACGGCAUCAUGCACAUCACGACUUCCGCAUACCACCCCGAGGGGAAUGGCCUCUCAGAACGAACCCUACGAACACUCCUACACGGCCUGAUGAAGAAGGCAGCACGUGACCCAAAGAAUUGGGACCUCGUUUUCCCUCUGGUACUGAUGGGCUACCGGAUUAGCGUUCAGGCCAGCGUGGGGCAUUGCCCCUUCAAGCUUAUGCAUGGGCGUGACCCCGUCCUACCUAUCUCCUUCAAGGAUUUUGCGCCAGAGCUCGACAUCAACGAGGAGGCUGACUGGAGCCUCAACGACACCGCGGAACACCUCGUGCAGACCAUGACGACCUUGGAGGAAUUACACAAAGAUGCCCUGAAGAACCUUGAGAAGGCCCAGGAGAAGAACAAGCUUGACUUUAACAGGAGGCAUCGCACCUUCGAACACACCAAGGAUGGGGCAAACGCCCCCUUUGCCAUUGGAGACUACGUACUAGCCCGAGUGGCCAAGCGAAGCAAGAUCCACCCAGACGCGGAUAAGGGUACCUAUCGAGUUACACGCUUCACAGGCAAAGGCUGCGUGGAAGUGGAAGACGCAAAAGGAACCAAGUACUCCUACAACAUGAACAACGUCGAGCUAUAUGCCAAGAAGGAAGACGUCGACGAGGCAGCUCUACAAGACAUGCUUAGAGAGGAAGAAGCACCACGAACCGUUUUGGAGGACCAAAACAUCUAG